UGAUUUUCGCUUUUCGGUGUUGGCCACUCCGGCUCCCUUCUUUUCCUCAUGGCUGGUCGUGCUGGCGGCCCAUAAUUUCUCUGUUUUGCAGAAAAAUAAAUCAUUGGUUAGGUGUCAUUGAAAGUGAACAUAUUGUAAGACAUGUCGCGCCGAAGAGCGACCGAAGAAACCGACAAACUCACACGUAUUGCGAUCGUAAACGCCGACAAAUGCAAGCCGAAGCGAUGCCGCCAAGAGUGCAAGAAAUCCUGUCCCGUUGUCAGGAUGGGGAAACUGUGCAUCGAGGUGACCCCCAACAGCAAAAUGGCAGCGAUUUCCGAAGAACUCUGCAUCGGGUGCGGUAUUUGCGUCAAGAAAUGCCCGUUUGAGGCCAUCACCAUCAUCAACCUCCCUAGUAACCUGGAACGGGACACCACUCACCGCUACGGCAAGAACUCGUUCAAGCUGCACAGGUUGCCGAUUCCGCGCCCUGGAGAAGUCUUGGGGUUAGUCGGGACCAAUGGUAUUGGCAAAUCCACGGCGCUGAAGAUCUUAGCCGGGAAGCAGAAGCCCAAUUUGGGGCGCUAUUCCGAUCCUCCGGACUGGACGGAGAUUUUGAGCCAUUUCCGGGGGUCCGAGUUGCAGAAUUACUUUACUAAGAUAUUGGAGGAUGAUUUGAGGGCGUUGAUUAAGCCGCAGUACGUGGAUCAGAUACCUAAGGCUGUUACAGGGACGGUGGGGCAGCUUUUGGAUAAGAAAAAUAUGCUGAAUAAUCAAGAGGAGAUUUGUGAAAUGUUGGACUUGACGCAUAUAAGGGAGAGGGCGAUCGAUGCGCUGUCCGGGGGAGAGUUGCAGCGGUUCGCUUGUGCCAUGGUGUGCAUUCAGAAUGGUGACAUUUUUAUGUUUGAUGAGCCGUCGUCGUAUUUAGAUGUUAAGCAGCGGCUUAAUGCUGCCCAGACUAUUCGGUCCCUGUUGCAUCCAGAGAAAUUCAUAAUUGUUGUGGAGCACGAUUUGAGUGUUUUGGAUUAUUUAUCCGAUUUUAUUUGUUGUCUGUAUGGAGUCCCUGGAGCUUACGGCGUCGUAACCAUGCCGUUCUCCGUACGUGAAGGAAUUAACAUAUUCCUGGACGGCUUCGUCCCCACCGAAAAUCUCCGUUUCCGCGACGAAUCCCUCGUGUUCAAAGUGGCCGAAUCGGCCACCGAAGAAGAAAUCAAACGCAUGAACCACUACGAGUACCCGUCGAUGACCAAGACGAUGGGCAACUUCCAGCUGCACGUGGUCCAAGGCCAGUUUUCCGACUCGGAAAUCCUGGUCCUGCUGGGCGAAAACGGGACCGGUAAAACCACGUUCAUUCGCAUGCUGGCCGGGAAUCUCCAGGCGGACGACGGCUCCGGGGAACUACCGCAGCUCCACAUAAGCUACAAGCCGCAGAAGAUCAGCCCGAGGUCUCAGGGAUUAGUCCGGCAGCUGCUGCACGAGAAAAUCCGAGACGCUUACAUCCACCCCCAGUUCAUGGCCGACGUGACCAAGCCUUUGAAGAUCGACGACAUCAUCGACCAGGAGGUCCAGAAUCUAUCCGGGGGUGAACUCCAACGUGUAGCUCUCGCUCUAUGUCUAGGAAAACCCGCAGACGUGUACCUCAUCGACGAACCUAGUGCCUACUUAGAUUCCGAGCAGCGUCUGAUGGCUGCCAAAGUAAUCAAAAGAUUUAUUCUGCACGCUAAGAAAACGGGUUUCGUGGUGGAGCACGACUUCAUCAUGGCCACGUACCUCGCGGACCGCGUCAUCGUGUUCGAGGGCACGCCGUCGGUGAAGACGACGGCCAACUCGCCGCAGACGCUCCUGGCGGGAAUGAACCGCUUCCUGGAGCUGUUGGGGAUCACGUUCAGGAGAGACCCCAACAACUUCAGACCGAGGAUAAACAAGCAGGAGUCGGUGAAGGACGUGGAGCAGAAGCGGUCCGGGCAGUAUUUCUUCUUGGAGGAUUGAAAUGUUUGUUGUUUAUUGUAACGGGUGUAUGAUCGUGGUGCCCAGUGGCAAGGUUCUGAUUUUAUAAACAAAUAAUAUAAUGUAUGUGGAAGGAUAAUAAACGGAUUAUUAUCA